AUGGGAUCAUCUUUGUGCUUCUCAGAUUCUUAAAAAUCAAGAGAUGAACUUAAAUUAUUAUACAACAAACAAUAAUACAAAUUGAAUGGGCCUCCUCAUUUAUUUAAACCUACUCCUAUCAUAAAAAUAUUAAUAUAUGAUGAAGAAAUCGAAAAAGAGGAUUCACCUUAAACAGAAAUUAUUGAAUAACAGAAUAAUAUAUAAAAUGAUUAAUCACUAUCCUAUUUAGCUCAAUAAUCAGAAGAAAUAGAUAGUACUCAAUAAAAACCUUGGAUCAAAAAAACUUAUGCUAUUGAAACUAUUAAUGUAUCUAAUUUUAAAAAUGACGAAAAUAAUAAUAAAAAUAAUAGUUCUUAAUAAAUAAAUUCCAGUCGAGAAUAUAGUAUGUUGAAUGGAAGAAACAAGAACAUGAAAGAAUUUUCUAACAUUUCCAUCUAAUUAGGAUAAUAGGGUUCAAUUACUAAUGUAACAUAUGAUAAAAAAUAAAUUAAGAUCAAGAGACAAAUUAUGAAUAAAUGA